CGCAGAGUUUGGAGACAUUCGCUAAUUUCGACCCUGCCACGUUCCAUCACUGUAGAUUAUUUAGUAAGACACACCACGCUCACCGAACGAACAGAAACAGUGAACAACUGAACUGUGAAAUAGUCAUGUGGUUAUCGACGCAUAAUUCGAUAGAAAACUACUCGUCCAGACUCUGCAGCAUCUCCGCAAUACCCACACUGCGACUCUCCAAGCAGACCGGUUGAUAUGUCCAAUUUAUUUCAGUCAUAUCUCAUGUUGAGAAUGAAUUUAGUUCUGAUUUAAUAACAACGGUUGCAGGAAACAGACGUUUGUGCGUAUAAUGAAGGGGGUCUUCGGAGAAAUGCGAGUAUACCGCUCUGUAUGUCUUUAAGUGUUCCUUAGCGCCGUGCGGUAGGAGGGGUUGUGGUGACGCUGCCGUCGGCUCUUUGGUGCUGAGCUGAACAGCGCUUUCCCACCUGCAGUUGGGCGCUUGUCAAGUCCGGACGGUUCUCUCACACAGAGCGCUGACUAACACGUUCAACUCAGCCUUAAAGAGGAGUCUUACGGAAAACUAAUUACAAAUUAGAGGAGAAGAAACAUCGGCUCCAGAGUCGUAUUACUGCGCUCCCCUGUGAGAUUACCAACAUGAAAAUUUACUUCGCUCUCAUACUGGCGUGCACCUUACUUGUGGGCACAUCUCGGGGGAGGGGUGGAGGUGUGCUGCCGGGUCCGCCAUGCAGGCCGGGCUUCUCCGAGAGCUUCUACACGGUGUUCGUCCCGCGGGACCUUCUGCACGGCCAGAGCAUCUUCAAAGAUACCCUAUUGUCUGCGGAACGCGUGAAGUUUGAAGGUUGCCUUGUCGUCGAGCUACUUGGCUUCGAGAGCAGCGACCCGAACUUCAGCGUACAACCGGACGGUUCGGUGUACACUGAACGAGACGUGGCAAACCUGUCAGAACCGAUCCAGUUCAUGGUGACGGCUCGCGGACGCAGCCUGGAGACACACAUCUGGGAGACGACCGUCAAACUGGCCCUGGCAGGACAUCCGUCUCAGUUCAUAGUGGAGGGCGGAGCCUACCCACACCAUCACCUGCUGCCCCGAGUUAUAUCGUUUCAACGGCGACACAACUCUCCGAUCUCCCUGCGUCGGCAGAAGAGAGACUGGGUCAUCCCGCCAAUCAACGUGCCUGAGAACUCCAGAGGACCCUUUCCACAGAUGCUCGUCAGGAUUCGCUCUGAUAAGGACCGAGAGGGCCAGAUCCGCUACAGCAUCACAGGAGCCGGAGCUGACCAGCCUCCUAUCGACGUGUACAACAUUGACCCGGUGGCCGGAAAGAUGUAUGUCACCAGGCCCCUGGACCGCGAGGAGAGAGCAUCCUACCAUGUGAAAGCCCAUGCUGUGGACAUGAACGGGAUCCAGGUGGAGAGCCCCAUAGACCUGUACAUCUACGUCAUCGACAUGAACGACAACAGGCCCGAGUUCCACAACCAGGUGUACAACGGCUCCGUGGCCGAAGGCAGCAAACCAGGUACCCAUGUCAUGCGAGUGACAGCCAACGACGCAGAUGAUGACACCACAGCGAACGGGAUCGUCCAGUACCGCAUCCUCUCGGAGAUGCCGCACAACCCCUCGCACAUGUUCACCAUCAACCGGGAGACAGGAGACAUCGUCACCGUGGCAGCAGGCCUGGACAGAGAGCGCGUGCCCCAGUACACGCUGAUAGUGCAGGCCACGGACAUGGACGGCAGCCAGACCAUCGGCCUGUCCAACACAGCCACGGCGCUGAUCACAGUCACCGACAUCAAUGAUAACCCACCGGAGAUGACCGCUCGCACGUUCACGGGUGAGGUGCUGGAGAACGCGGUGGACGUGGUGGUCGCCAACGUUACGGUGACGGAUCGGGACCAGCCUGACACCCCGAACUGGAGAGCAGUCUAUAAGAUAGUUCACGGGGACACCCAGGGCCACUUCGCCAUCAACACCAACCACCUCACCAACGGCGGCAUGGUCACGGUAGUAAAGCCAGUGGACUUUGAGAACAACCGCUCCUUCAUGCUGACGGUGGUGGUGUUCAACCCUGUGGAGCUGGCUAAGGGCAUCCAGUCGUCACCGGAGUCCACGGCUGGCGUCAGCAUCUCCGUGCGCGACGUCAACGAGCCGCCGUUCUUCCCUGCCAACCCCACCAUGAUCCGCUUCGAGGAAGGGGUGCCCGCCGGCACCAUCAUCACCAUCUUUGCCGCGCGAGACCCCGACAUCCUCACCCGCCAGAGGGUCAGGUACUCCAAGCUGUCAGACCCGGCCAACUGGCUGCGGAUCAACACAUCUAACGGGGAGAUCACCACCCUGGCCACUCUGGACAGAGAGUCCCCUCACGUGAAGAAUAACGUCUACGAGGCCACCUUCCUCGCAGCCGACGACGGUAGGCCCUCAGCCACAGGCACAGGCACGCUGCAGAUCUACCUGACGGACGUGAACGAUAACGCCCCCUCGCUGCAGCCCAGGGAAGCGCAGGUGUGCGAGCGCUCGCGCUACGGCUCCAGGGUCAACCUGACGGCCACAGACCCAGACGCAGAGCAGAGCGCUGGGCCCUUUAACUUCGAGCUGCCCCCCUACCCUCCAUCUGUGCGCCGCAACUGGACCAUCACACAGUUCAAUGGGGCUCUGCGGGGGUACUACGUGCAGCUGAGGCUGAAGCUGCACUACCUGGAGUCGGGCAUGUACAACGUGCCCAUCGUGGUGACCGACUCGGGGAACCCGCCCAUGUCCAACCGCUCCAUCCUGAGGGUGAAGGUGUGCCCGUGCGACGUGGACGGCUACUGCGCGGCCAUCGGAGCGGUGGCGGCCGCCGGACUGGGCACAGGGGCCAUCAUCGCCAUCCUCAUAUGCAUCAUCAUACUGCUGAGUAUGGUGCUGCUCUUUGUGGUGUGGAUGAAGCGGCGAGAGAAAGAGAGGCAGACGAAGCCGCUGCUCAUCGACCCAGAGGACGACGUGAGGGACAACAUCCUGAAAUAUGACGAGGAGGGAGGAGGGGAGGAGGACCAGGACUAUGACCUGAGCCAGCUGCAGCAGCCUGAGUCCCUGGACCACAUCAUGGCCAAACCGGCAGGAGUGAGGCGAGUGGACGAGAGGCCCAUCAUCACCGAGUCGGUGUACCCAGCCCGGUCUGCCCUGCCCCACCCCGGGGACAUAGGAGACUUCAUCAACGAUGGCCUGAGAGCGGCGGACAACGACCCCACGGCCCCUCCGUACGACUCGCUACUGGUGUUCGACUACGAGGGCAGCGGCUCGACCGCCGGCUCGGUCAGCUCACUGGACACUUCCAGCUCCGGCGACCAGGACUACGACUACCUCAAUGACUGGGGCCCCCGCUUCAAGAAGCUGGCAGAUCUCUACGCCGGCGGGGAGGAGGACUGAAGGCCUCCUGUCACCUCCCCACACACACUCCAACAACCCCCCCACCCACCCCACACACUCCAGCCUGGGGGAGACAAGAGGAGAAAGAGGGGUAGGAGAGGGAGGAAAGGGAGGAGGAGGAAGAGGAGGAGGAGGAACAGGGCGGAGGUGUUUGGGGUUAGAGAUCACUACGAGGGGAAAAAGGAAACAGCUGAUGUGCUAUCGUGCUAAUAUCGCUAGCUAGUAUACAGUACAUUGGGCAGGUGCUGUAGAAUGGCCAGGCCUACGGUGACCUACAAAUAGUCUCUGGCUUUGGUUUUUAGAUCAGCCUUUUGUGUGUGCGGCGAGACACUGGAUGUUUUUCACUCCUUUUGACCAGUUUUAUUUCUCAGCGGCAGAGUAAAUGGCAACAUAGUGAUGGAGAUGCUAGCUGAGUUUUUUUGUUUUCUGGUUUUGUUUUGUAUGCGUUUCACUUUAUUACUGUAGGGAAUCGGGGGGUAAGGCCAUAGCUCUCCCUCCUCUCUCUAUCUCUGUCUUUCAACUUGAAUUUGAUUGGAGCAGAAGCACUGUCGUUUCUAAAGUGCCUUUUUGCGGUGUUUUCUACUGGGUUCCUGCCACCUCAGGGUCAGUUGCCAUCUUCAGAAAUUUCUUUUUUGAUUUUUUCUUUUUUGUUGUGUUUGUGCAACACAUCUCCCUUUUUAUCCUCCUCUCUCCAACCCUGCGUUUGCCUUUUAUUGCCCUCUAUCCCUCUCUCUCUAUCACUCUCUCUCUCUCUCUCUCUCUCCUCUCAUCGUACCAUAGAGCACUCUGUCAGCACCAGAGGAGACUAAACAAAGAAAAACAAAAAAAAACGAAACAGCGAGUGACCAUUCCGGUGCUGAAGAUAAGAGACAGUCCUCUGUGCCGUAACCGACUGGCCUGGUCCCGGUCGGGAUCCAGCUUUCAUUGUCUUAAUCACUGGGCUGUCUGUUAGCCCCCCUCCCCCCACCCCACCCCACCCAUCAAGGACUACUGAAGCUGAAACAUGUGAAUUGUGAUUCUUUUUCUUUUGGGGUGGGGGAUGUUGGUGGUGGGGUUUACUCUGACAGACCAAGGCUCCAGCCCAGACAUUUGCCUGCCUUGUUAACAUUUGUUUUUUGGGGGGGGGAGGGUUGUUGUUUU